GUGUGUUGGUGGCGCUGCGUCGCCGCUGGUGCAGAGUAAAGGUAUGGAGAGAGAGCGGUGGAGCUGGCUGGAACAUGUCUGAGUAGGAACCUACGUUACUCUUCAACACGCACUGCAUUAAAACCCGGCGUUUAAGAUGGGGCACUGCGGCAUCACGUCGUCGAAGACGGCUCUGGUCUUUCUGAAUCUGAUAUUCUGGGUAAGUUUGGAGGUCUUUCACAGUUUUAGACGUGCGUCACAGAGCUGUGAGCUAGCUAGCCGCGGGUCCCAAACAGCUGCUCUGUUAGCUGCGGCAGACGACCUUUGUGUUAAGGGAGGGAUUGAUUUGAGGGGCAUUCCUUCACACAUGUAAGGUUUGACAACACAUCGAGAAUGAUGUACACUUUUUGACGUUUCGGGGUAAUAGACCUUUUUCAUGCGUAAUAAAUGCUCGCUUAAGUCAGACUAUCACUUUUUGACCCCCCCACCUAGUGCGCAGAGGGCUAACCUUAAUCCAACGAGCUGAGGCUUCAUGUGUGAGCUUGUCUACAAACUAGUUCAAAAUACAUUGUAUAACUGUCUAUCUGAGUCUUUCUAUGUAUUAUGGCAGAAAAAACUCAUGUUGUUUGAUAAUGCAUGUAAAACUUGAUUUAGUGGAUGGUGGAUGGGACGUAAGAGCUGUACUUGACAACUCAGUCUGCAAGAGGAUAUAUGUGCAAUCAUAAAUGCAAACUGUCUAGUGCUGUUUGAAGGGCUGGAAACUAACCAUAGUUUUCCAAAAACAGACUGUUUCCCCAUGUUGAUGUGCUUUAAUGACAUUUGAACUUUUUGUUUUGUUACUUACAGGCUGCUGCUGGUGUCCUGUGCUAUGUGGGAGCCUAUGUCUUCAUCACAUAUGAUGACUAUGAUCACUUCUUUGAAGAUGUGUACACCCUCAUCCCAGCUGUCACCAUUAUUGCAGCUGGAGCCCUGCUUUUUGUUAUUGGGCUCAUCGGAUGCUGUGCCACAGUGAGAGAGAGCUACUGUGGGCUUACAACGGUCAGUAAAGCAGUUAACAAGUUUUUAGCAGAUGGGUUAAAUCACUUAGGUCCUUGUAGGGUAUCGGAUUAAUAAAAGAUGAUGUGUGUAUUGAAAUCUCAGCAUAUUGAAACAGCAUAUAUUGUCUGUUUUUGUAUAUGAAUAUACCUGGAAAAAUACAAUGAACUGGCAUAAACAGGAGAUUCAAGAUUUAAAUAACUGAUUCAUACAAUGUACAUAGUGCAUGAAAAGUAGGACAUUCAACUUGUUCUUGUUUUCCCAACCCUUAAGUGUCUGACAAUUAAUUAUUAAUUUGCAAGUAUCUAUUGACUGCGCAUCUUUGAUCCUGAAAUCCAAUCCACAGUUUGUCGUCAUCCUCCUGCUGGUUUUCAUGACAGAAGUGGCAGUGGUGGUUCUAGGAUACGUGUACAGAGCAAAGGUACGAAAGUCAAACAUAAGUCAGAGUAGGUUUGUUUUUCUCUGCCCCAAUUGAAGCAUUAAGUGUUACCAAGUAGAUCACACACUGAAAAGAGAGCAGGAUCUGUCAACCACUGAUAACACUAUCUAAUCUUUCUUUGCUCAAAACCAGUUUUCAUUGUCACCCGGGCAAAGAGAAUGCGUCACCAGUUGUUUAGUGUCUCUCUCUUUUUUCUCUUUUGCCUGUGCUAGGUCGAAGAUGAAGUUAAUACUACUAUCCAGAAAAUUUAUGAUGAGUACAAUGGCACCAACAGCAAUGCCCAGAGUCGUGCCAUCGACUAUGUUCAGAGACAGGUGAGGACAAAAAUAUAUGAUAAUGUUCUUCUGUAUUUUUGUCCAGCUGUAUGUCCAACUGUGUUUCUUUCAUUUUUCACAGCUUCAGUGUUGUGGGAUACACACCUACACAGACUGGCAGAAUACACACUGGUAUGAAGAAUCCAAAAACAACAGUGUACCCAUCAGCUGUUGCAAAACUAAUGUCGUAGGUUGCACAGGCUCUCUAACCCGGCCUGAGGAUCUCUACCCAGAAGUAAAACAACCACCUGUUUUAUGAAAUUUUAUACCAACAUUCAGUCACAAUUCCAUAUUUGUGAAUAUUCCUUGUCUCUGUGUGUACACAGGGUUGUGAAGCUCUGGUUGUGAGUAAGUUGAAGGAGAUAAUGAUGUAUGUCAUCUGGACUGCAUUGACAUUUGCCUGUGCACAGGUAUGUAUGUGUUCUGCAAAUGCCGUCUUUCCCAGUCAGUGUCAGUUUUUAAUAAAAAAAAACAUUAGGAUUGGUAAAGAUGAUACCAACUUUUUUCACCCUAAAGGCUAAAACAUGCGUAUUUGGAGCAUAGCAGCAGUGUAGCACAUCACGCAGUAAAUAGGUUGCCAUUCUAAUCAAUGCAGCAAAGCAUACAGGACACGUAUCAGCUCCGUCGCAGCAUCGUAUCAUGAGCAGCACUGCUGAAAAUACGCGGCGAGUCUAUUUUUGCUGCUCUUCGCUUCCAAUGCAUGUCAAUCUACUCAGAGAAGAUCGUCCUAGACAGGAAGUCAAGCGCGAAAACCACAUGUCAUCGGGUAUUUUAAAAUAAAACAUCAUAUGUGAACGCCCGACUGUGUAUCAGUUCGUGUAGAUGAGAAAUACUUUCUGGUUAUGGAUUUAUCAGUAACACAGAACAAUCCGAUGGUCAAUUCCUGAUCCAUGCGGACCCCAACAGGACUUUUAACUGCUAACUCCAUCUGAAGGUAACAGCACAUCAUAAAGGAACAUAGUUCACUUUAUUAUACGCAAGUGAACCUGCAAAAACUGAAACUGUAAAAUCACGUUGCCUUUUCACAUACUGUAGAGGCUCAACGGUCACUGAAUAAUAUCCAAAUUAGCAGGAAAUAAACCACAGAAAGGAUAAACAACCUGUUGUGAGCAUGUUGUUUCCUCUACACUGAGCCCAGCUGACCGGGGCUGCACUACGCUGCUGCUACGCUCCAAAUACGCAUCCUGUAUGCGAUACCCAAUGUGGCUCUACGGAACAAAUGCGGAACGCACUCAAUACGGAUCCUGCAUGUUUUUGGCUUAACACAUCAUUACUAAUGUGUUUUUGAGACAACAAAAUUGAAGAGCAAUGUGAUAAUACUUAUUCUUCCCGAAGAAGUGUUGACACAGUUUUCAUUGGAUACACAAACUAAACAGUCAUGCUUCAUUUUGGCCUGCGAUGAAGUCACAAGUAGAGUUAAACUCAAAGUUUGAUUCAGAUCUGUUGAGGUGCCAGGAUUAGCUCAAAGGUCCUUGAACUCUAAGGGUUUUCAGUAUUUGCUUCAUUGUAUUCAAACACAGUCUCACCAAAAGUCCAUGAGACAAAAUAUAACAAGUCAGUCUGACUUGCUGGAAAAACAGCAAAAUGAAGUAGGUCUGUCUUGUAUUUGUAUCGUUCCCCAGUACUUCUGUUUGAACCACUUUGCUGAAGUUUUCUUGAACCGUUAUUUUCGUAAGGAAAAAGUAUACUCUAUUGUAGUUUUAACUUGCUUCUGUGUAUGAGUGAGAUGACAACAUACAUUAUAUAACAUCAUAUUAUCUUGUUGCUAGAAGCUGUCCAUGUGUUAACAUAUAUGAAGGUCUCUUAUGUUUUAUAUAAAAGUUGUAAUGUUGUUUGUCAGAUCUUGUCACAGGUUGAUUUUUUGAGUAAAAAGUCAAGACACUGUUUUGGACCCCAGAAAGAAUUGUUGUUGCUAAUAUAGGCAUCCUGACAAACAAAAAUAAGCUUUAAGAGUACUUGUUGGCAGAUUUGAAGAAAACUGCUUUGACCUCAGCAUUUCCAAACUAAUGGGAUGUCUGUCUUUUUUCCUAGAUGCUGGGGAUGUUGUGUGCAUGUGUUGUGCUUUGCCACAGAGGCAGAGAUCCUGCGUAUGAGCUCCUUAUUACAGGAGGCACUGUGGCGUAAAGGAGAGCACGUCUGUCAGCAAAGGGCAAACUUUCAGAACUUACAUGUGUUGUUGGUGAGAGCAUGAGCAUAUUACCACGCUAACCUUGUAACACUAACAACACUUAAGUGAUACGUUUUUUUUAUCUGUUUCUGCCCCCAAAAAAGAAAGCUACUUACCAAACUCUAAAGGUGAAUAUAAAUGAGAUGUAAGGUGUUUUUUGAGGGGUUUUUUUUUAGCUCGUAAGAAAGUAUGAGGGUGAAAUACUUCAUUCUGACCAAGCUCAGACUUUGUUAGUCAUGUAUGGAGUAAGUGGUGGACAGGGUAUUUCCUCAUAGUUAGUUUGCACUGUGUGUAUGGCUUUGCCUAUUUUCUAUUUAAAUCUGUCACAUACUUGAAUGAAAGACGGUAUGGUUUAAAUAUGUACCUCUACUACUGCUAUAACUACUAUAACUUCACUACUACUAUGACUGCUGUUAAAAAUCAGUGUCACCAGCAGUAAAAAAAAAAAAAAACACCCCAACCAAAGUCAUUUGCGCAGAAAAAUGUGUAUAAUAUGUAACUCUGCUGGCUUUUGCUAAUCUGAUUUCUGGUCUUAGAGGCAAAUCUUCCUAUCCCCUUUGGUGUGGAAUUUUCAAGUAGAGAUGCAUUCUUAACUCUAGAUCAAUUUUGAUCUGUUGUUUUUUGUCUCAAUAGUAUACUGAUUGUAGUUUUAGAACUUGAUUUGCCGACAUGUAGCAACGGAUAAGAUGUAAAUAAAAGAUUUGAAAAGUUUGAAAACAUGUGG